GCAGGAGAGAGAUGCUGCACUCAAAACAGCGUGCUCGAGCGCCGAUCCUUCAGUCUGUCGGUCGGAUGUGGAAGGGAGCAGGUUUAGCAAGGAAAGAGACUUCUGAAAGGGUUGGCUUCAAGUGAAUAAUCAAGACAUUUCAAGGUCCUAGCAAUGGUUAUGAUUUCUUUACAUGCUCUGCCCUGCUGAGAAGCGACAAAAAACGGUUCCUUGGCAGGACAUUGGAGAAGCAAAGGAAGGAAUGCAAGACGAGGUUGUGAUUCCAUCCGAACUGAAAACUUUAAAGGCCUAGUAACAAGAAGAAAGAAACUAAACCUUAGAUGGAUCCACAAAGAGGCUAUGGCUGAUACAACAUGAAUGUUCAAAGAGAGCUAGGAACCGGUGAAGACAACCAACAAGAAGACAUAAACAAGCAGACGUUUUUAGAACGAGCGGGAGAUGCUAAUGCCAACCAAAUAUCCAUAGAGGAAAUUUAUUUUGAUGAAAAAGAGCACAGUAGCCCACGACCCUCUCUUACAUCUCACUCUGAAGCCCAGGAGAGGAUUAUCAUCUGGGGAACGCAUGCUCGGAGUGAGGACCCAGAGCUGGAAGAAUUUGAACUUCUGGAGUGUCAAGAGCUAGAAACAUUAAUUGCAGAUGAAGAACACAGAGAUCGGAGAGUGAGGAACAAAAAAGUAACAAAGAACUAUUCUGAUAGACUGUCAACAUUUAAAACAAUGACAUCUGCUGUUGGAACUGCAUGGAAAGACCACAAUGAGAAUCACAGGGUGGAUGGAGGUGCAAAUGAGAACACUCAACCUCUUGACCUCAGGACCUCCAGCUCUCGUUCUGGGGAAUAUAGGACCCUGAGGGAGGCCAGGAGUGGUUCUGAGAGCAAUGUCUUUUCAUCUUCACUUUCUGCAGUUACCAGCCUCAGUGGAAGUUUAGCCAGUUCCCUGGACAGUGCAGGCCGCACGCAGCCUCUCUCUUCCCAGUCCACCAAGUCUACCUCAGGCAAAGGCAAGAACCAGCAACUAGCCACUAUUGAGUCCUACACCCACUCAGAUAGAAACAAGGAGCUUCCCAGGGAUUUGGACCAAAACCACAACUCAACCACACUGCCUCAGGAACCACAAUAUGACAGAAGUAAGCUAAUCACUCCAAGUGUGGGGUAUCCUUCACACAGAGGAAUACAAAUGCAAAAACUCACCACAGAUGCAGAUCAGAACCAGGGGAAAAUGACUUCAUCCGAGUUGCCCAAAGGUAUGGUGAGAGUGCUACCUUCUUGCAGGCAACUAGUACGACCUCUUUCUACCGAUACAGAUAAAAGGCAAACCUCAGGAUAUGUCAGCACAGACAUCCAGAUGGGACACCAGCCUUCACACUUCUCAGAGACAAGUUAUAGCCAUCAACAAGUUCAGCAGACUACAGAGGUCAAUAUUAAGUCCUCAAACACAGGCUCAGAGAUGCUUCCUAACCAGAUAUUUACAGGAGAGACUCAAGGCUUGAAGAGGCAGAGCUCUGCAGAUCGUCCUGACAGUCCCUCAAGCCUAGAGAGAAAGACUCACUUCAGCCGCCGGACCUACAGCAGUCCGACAAGACCAUCGACUCCUCCAUCCCCCAGAAACACUAGGUCACCUCAGAGACAGCAUUCGUCUUCGCCCAUCAAGACGUUACCUUCUCGGGGUCCACAGUUGGGUUAUGCUGUAUCACAGGGGUACAGCUCUGGUUUAAGAGCUCCGGUCAAAACUACAAUCAGCACAAGCAUCCAUAAACCUCCUCCAAGAGAGACCUCCCCUCCAUCCAAGUCCCCACCAAAGCCAAAAAGCGUUCGCCCCAAAAUCAUCACGUACAUUAGGAAGACCCCACAAAUUAAACCACAGUCCCUUGAUGGAACUUAUGAUGUGUCAUCCUUACAUACGAAACUUACAACGUAUAGUGGUACUCAAGCCAAACCAACACCAGGAGAUCAAAGGGAUGCCCCUGUGCUGAGUGCCUCAAACUUGCUCUAUGAUAAAUAUCGCCAAGAGAUGCAGAAAGUCCGGCUCUUCUGUCCUGGACUUAUGGUAUCUGGCAUCAAGCCACCCAGCAGUACCAUGCCCCACAAAAUGACAGGGAGGGCUGAUAGCUUCUAUGGGUCUCUCAACAAACCAAACUCUGCUGUGGUGAGCAGAUCUCCGGUCCCGUUUGGGUCUACAAUGUCUGGAGCCGAGGACACAUUAGGACCCCCUGUGGGAGCACAAGACACAGGGAAUCUUUAUCGCUCUCCGCGGGGCCUAAGACCUCAGCUUGGCGUUGGUGCUGUUAACAGGACUCCCUCUGCAACCGCUAAAAACAGAAUGGUCCUAACAGGUCACCCAAAGUCACCAUUGGCCCUCAACCAACCAAUGCAGGCUGUAACCCCGACCACUCAGAUCCCUCAGGAACCUCAAGAUCAAAAAAGAGCAGUGGCUGCAAAGUCUCUCUUGCCGAAACCAGCUCAAUCUGGCCUUCGUCCUCCUGGUUACUCCCGCCUCCCGCCUGCUCGCCUUGCUGCAUUUGGGUUCGUUCGGAGCUCCAGUGUCUCUUCCGUGUCCAGUAACCACUCGACGGACAGCACGCAGAGUGACCCAUAUCGACCCAUCUCCCGUCCCAACAGUGUAAAUGACGAAGCACCACCUCACCGUGUCAUUACAUCCCCACCUGCAGAAGGACCUAGAGCCCCCUUCCGCAGCCCCCCUCAACCCCCCAACACACCUGCACUCACACGCCGCUCCCUACUGCCCCCUCCACGCAGUUCACCUGUGGCUUCCCGUAAGGAGUUCCAGAAGACUUCUGAUGGCUCUCGUUCAUCUCUCUCGUCCCCAAAGAGAUUGGCUGUGGUCUCUCCUAAACCGCAGUCUCCAGUCCUCCAGAGGCAACAGAGAGCGACGGUUGCAGUCCGAGGUUCGAGCGUGCCGAUUUUGCCUCGUACUGGCUCUCCGGGCCCAGAGAAGAAAAAAGAAGAGCAGAAGAAGGAAAAAGAGCAAGAGGAAGCAGAGAGAAAUGAGGAACUGCUGCUCUUGCAGGGCCGCUUUGAAGAUCAGUCAAGGCAGCAUCAGGCUCUUCGAGCUGAACUGAAGAAAGCCAGCAUGGGUCUGGAGGUCUUUGUGAUCUGCACUCAACACUUCUGCCUCAAGAAUGAAAAUGCUGAGGAGAAAGAAAGACAGUUGUCUUGGGAACUCAGCAAAAUUCAGCAGGAAGUGGCCUUAAACGCAGCACGCUGGGAUCGUCUGCAAAAGGAGAAGCGAGAGCUGGAGGAGUGUUUUGAGAGGGAGCUCAAAGAGUUGCAGGUCCAGCAGGAGUCUGAACUUGCUACCUUAGAAGAGAACCUGAGAAUGCGGCACGCUUCAGACAGGGACCAUCUCAAAGCCGAACAUCAGUCAGAGGUGGAGGAGCUUCACACCCAGCACCAGGAACAGAUCGAGGAGUUGACUGCUAACCACGAGGCUGCCCUGGAGGACCUGAAGACCAUGCAUAACAUCACCAUGGCAACACUACAAGAGGAGCAUGCCAGGACUAUGAGAGAUUUAAGAAAAGCCCACGAGCAGCAGAAAGCCUGUCUUGAAGAAGAUUUUGAGAAACUGCGCCUCUCCCUUCAGGACCAGGUGGACACUCUGACAUUCCAGAACCGAACCCUGAAGGACAAAGCCAAACGUUUCGAAGAGGCUCUGAGGAAAAGCACCGAUGAACAGAUUGUGGACGCCUUGGCCCCAUAUCAGCAUAUUGAGGAAGACCUGAAGAGUCUGAAGGAUGUUCUGGAGAUGAAGAACCAGCAAAUUCAUGACCAGGAGAAGAAGAUUUGUCAGCUUGAGAAAGUGCAGGCCCAAAAGAACCUGCAUCUGGAGGAGCGGGUCCAGGUGCUUCAGCAGCAGAAUGAAGACCUGAUGGCCCGCAUUGACCGACACCUUACGGUGUCAAGACAACUGUCUGAAGAGAAUGCUAACCUUCAGGAGCAUGUCGAGAAGGAGACCAACGAGAAGAAACGACUAAGCCAAAACAACGAGGAGCUGCUCUGGCUUCUCCAGACGAGUCCUCACCUUUCCCCCUCCUCUUCCCCCAUUCACAGAGCCUUCUUCCCCAGCCCCGACAUCCCACCCUACCCUUAUUCUCCAGGCCCUGGUACCCCCACACACUCCUGUUCUCCCAGCCCCUGUACCCCCACUCACAGGGUGGUGUCUCCUGGAGCCGGAACGCCCACUCUCAGAGGUUCUCCAGCAGCACGGUCGUCCCCAGCUCGAGUCCCGAACGCCAACACUUUGCCCAGAUGAGCAGUCCUACCGAAUCACUUCAUCUGUCUUCUUAUCCGUCUUUCUUUUAUUCAUUUGGGAUUUCAGUGCUUUUGAUGUGCUGUUGAUGAUCUUGAUAAGCGAGACUUUUGCGGUUGCUAUUACAUUCAUCAUUUAUUUAUACGGCUUCCGACGACUCCAACUGCAAGACAAAGAUGAGCCACACAACAUGUCUGUUCGUCUCUGGGGAUUGAACUUGUAAACCCGUAGCAUCAGAAUGAAAGAGCUGAUGGUCAAAAAUAAAUGUGCUGAGAUGAAGUCAGGACUAUCGUUCUACUCUGCUUUAGAUGUGACCUUAAGACUCUAUAACAUGCUGUUGAACUCUAACACAAAUGUGUGUACUUUCUCCUGAAAGGUACAUGAGAACUCUAAUACAACAAAUAGCACUUUAUGUUUCUGCUCAACCUUCUUCCAACAGAUAAAUGCACCAGCAUUUUCUCAUUUUGUGGUUUAGGACAGUAUCCUUAUUUCAUGAUUCUCCAAGUUUUAAUUCAAGCCACUAGUGCAUGACUUAUGAAACAAAACAGGGAGAUGCAGAAAAUGUAAAAGUACAGACUACAGGAAGUGAUGUAAAUUGUUGUCAUAACUUUUAUGAUUUAUUUAUCAAAAUGGACAUUUUGCUUCUUGAUGUGCAUGUGAGUCUUCCAUUCUUAAUGUGAAACUUAGGAUAGUUGUCAUGUGAGCGUAGAUACUCCGACUCGUGGGAAUGAUAGCUUCCACCUCUAAAUGUUUGAGAAAAUGAUUUAACUAAUUGAGUACCUCAGAGAUGACGUAUUUUCCUAUGCAAACCCCAGAAGCGAGCCUUUUAGCACUUCUGGUUCCAUCGCCCCAAAGUCAAUUUUUUUGUAUGGGUUUUUAGUGAAAUAAGAUCUGUGGUUAACAAAACCGCUAAUUAUUUUCACAUUUAAUCUAUGACAUAAAACACACCAGUUAUAACCCGCUCGUGAUUUUUUCAAACGUAGUGUCAGAUACGUGAGUCAAGCUUAUAUCAGCCAAUCACAUCAGGGGCAGCUCAUCAACUUUAACCAAUAGUCCUACAACACAUACUAGACAUACUAGCUCCAUAUCAUCUGCUAAAUCGUUCCGCACUCAAAACUCACCUCCCUCCCCAUCUCCUCCAUAUCUGCCUGUAUCUGUCUGAUCACUUUAAUUGAAUCAUGAACUGUUCUGGAUCCCCAGGCGGGGGGACAUGUAUUGCUGCGCUCACGCUUUGUCAUUGCAAGGCUGCAAAGACAGGCGGAGAGUUUGCCCAGGAUAGUUUCAUUCCGCCAACCUUAAAUAUUGCUGUUGUUUAAAUAUUUGACAACAGUGGUCCCUGACAGAAAAGCUUUAUUGUGUCUUUAAAACGGCGGUCGCUAACCAGUUGCUAAAAGUAACUACUUCGUUUUGACGUCAUUGCGCAUACACAUUAAGUCAAAUGUUGUGUUGAUUUAUAAAGAUGUUCUUGAUAGACAAGGUGUGUAAAAAUCAUAAACCUUUGUUAAUAUCUGAGCUUGAGUUUUUGCAAUUUUCCAAAAAUCUAUGAUAAAAAUGUUUAGGCUUUCAGUCGAGGGAAUCAAUGCGGCCCUAACUUCCGGGUUUGCCUACAAAAAUAAGUCAUCUCUAAGGUACACUAUAUAUAACAUUCUACAAAUAACACCUCAAGUUAUACCUGUAAGAGAUCCUGCCAGGGGUGUUGCAGGUAUGUGAAAUGGUUUUACGGAAUGUAAAAUAUAACAGCUAGUAUGCUUGGAGUAAUUUAAGCUAUCUUUAUAGUAAUGCUGGUUAACCCUUGUAUUACCUCUAUGGAGUGUAGCAUAACCUAGAGAAAGUUUUCUGUCUUUGAAUGAACUAGAAAGGAAUGUAACCGUCUCUUUAAAUGAUGUGCGAUAAAGUUCAGGGAAAUUGUUUAACGCUGUCUCGAUGGCAGUUUUCAUACUUAAAUAUUUGAAGAGCAUAAAGACAUUCCUAAUGCUUAGUGGGUUUUGAUAUUUCAAAUCAGAGCUGUCUUUUGUUUCAUUUUUGGAAAAUUGGAUUGUGUGUUUGUUUUUACAAUUGAUACAACUUUCAAUUCUCAACCUUCUAAACUUUUGAUACAAAUAUCUUAAAGGAGACAUUUUGUAAACUCUUUACUGAUAAUGUUUUUUCUAUAGUAUUAUCAGUUGGUGCUUGUACAGGGUAUCGUACACAGAUGUACUAUAAUCUGCUAUAUAAGACCAGCCAUCAACAAGAAAAAAAAGUGCUGUCUGCAGUCCACACGCCGAGUUUGUUAGUUAUUUUAAGUAGGUACUUUUCUUGAUUUGGCACAGAACUGAAAUGUUUUUGUAUAAACAUUAUUACUGUGUAUUUUAUUUUUUUAUUUGCAUUUUGAAGUUCGUAGUUCUAAGGCAUUUCGCAUUUAGUUUGCUCGGUCACUGUGAUACAAAUGGCUUACCCGUGUUAUCAGCGUUCCAUUUUUGCUACUCUUGCACACAUGCUAAAGAGUUAUCUGGAUGUUUCAAGCACAAAAACAUGAAUUAAAAUAUUCCAGCACCUCACCUUUUCUAAUCUUUUUUAACAUUUUUUUUUAAACUUUAGCAAGAGUUUCUAGUUUAUACCAGAACGUUUUAACAAUUAAAAAAAACUUUUGCUAUCGUGAAAUUCAACAAUGUUUUAAAAAUACUUACCAUAUGGUAAUUGAUUAAGGGACGUGCCUUCAUUUAUAGUGCAAAGUAGCAAAAAUGGUUCACAUCGCUGCGCUCUUACAAACAGUGAAUAUGCUUCUAACAUUACAGAUAAAACAAACAAUUGUGUAAAGAAGAAAUGUAAAUGUUUUUCAGACUAAGUAAAACACAAUUAUUUUUAAAAACAAAAAAUGUAGAUUCAUUUUCAGAUUUUUUAAACAUAAUCCAGCAUUCUGCAGUCCUUUGUAUUCUUUAUAUGUUUAUGUUUAUGUCUAAACCAAAACCUCAGCAUGUUCAAUUUAUUGCUCGGAUUUCAAUACUGCACCUGCCAUGAAACAAUGUCAAUGUUAACAAAUCUACAGUUACAACCCUAAAGAGUUACUGUUUAUUUCAGUUGUAAAAACGUCCUGAGAGUUUAUUGGUGUCCAGUUUUUUUUAUUGCCCUCAAAACAACUAUCACUAUGGGAUUAGAUCACAGAUGUUAUUAAUAUGUUAAUGAAUCAGGUGGUGAGACUGCACUGACCUUUUUGUCCUGUGGACAUUUAACUAUUAAACUACUGAAUGUCAACCUAUCCCUGAAUACUGACACAGUCAAUGUAAACAGAUUGGGGUGGUUGGAGUUUCUUGUGGUACUGAAUGAAAUUUGUCCGUUCAUCUAUUUACUAACUGUUGACUUUAUUAUGUCUUUUUGACUGGAUUUACAGUCGCUUGUAUAAGCUAGUAUUUAUUGUGUUGUAGUGCACAGUAAUCGAUGCAUGUUUGUCUUGGCGGAUCAUUUCUUCCCUGCUGUGUAUGUUUUCAACCUUGUGAUGCUGUAACUGUAGCAUAGAGAAUAUAAUACUAAGGAAUGGAAAGAAUUUAUAUAUAACACAUUUGUAUUCACUUUGGGAAGUGGGAAUGGAUAAUAAAAACCUUUCAAG